UAAGUCAUGUGUUUUCCCCAGUAAUCAGCAUGCAUGUAGAUCCCCCUGAGCUCCUCCGCUCUUCCUCUGACUCGCUGAGGGUGGCCUCUGAUUGGCUGCGGCAGACACUCGUAGCAGGUCGCUCUCCUCGGUGCUGAAAUCGCUGCUCUUCGUGACAAUGUAAACGGCGAUGAGGCCAAAAGGAACGCACGCCAAUAAACACCAAAAUGGACGAUGAUCAUUUCCAACUGAGACAGCUGCCUGUUGUCCGCUUCCGUCGCACAGGAGAGAGCACGCGUUCAGAGGAGGAUGUCGAGAGCAGAGAACAGGAUCCCAGGAUCGCAGAGCAGACCGCUCUGGAGUCUGUGGCACUUGCAGAAGGAGCUCCGGUACCUCGGGAGUUUGCCAACCCGACUGACGACACGUUCAUGGUAGAAGAUGCUGUCGAGGCCAUAGGCUUUGGGACAUUUCAGUGGAAACUCUCCAUCCUCACUGGUUUGUCCUGGAUGGCUGAUGCUAUGGAAAUGAUGAUCCUCAGCAUCUUGGCCCCACAGCUCCACUGUGAAUGGAGACUACCAAGCCUGGAGGUGGCACUGCUCACAUCGGCAGUGUUCAUCGGGAUGAUGAUCAGCUCCUCUCUUUGGGGAAACAUCGCUGACAAAUAUGGCAGAAAAACAGGUCUGAAGAUGAGUGUGUUGUGGACCAUGUUCUACGGCCUCAUGAGCGCAUUUGCGCCCAUUUACGGGUGGAUCCUCGUCCUUCGCGCGCUGGUGGGCUUUGGUAUCGGAGGAGCCCCGCAGUCGGUGACGCUGUAUGCAGAGUUUCUACCGAUGAAGUCCAGAGCCACAUGCAUCUUGCUGAUUGAGAUAUUUUGGGCACUGGGCACUGUGUUCGAGGUCCUCUUAGCAAUCCUGGUGAUGCCCACUCUGGGCUGGCGCUGGUUGCUCGGCCUUUCCACCAUCCCCCUCUUCAUCUUUGCCCUUCUGUGUUUUUGGCUACCAGAAAGCGCUCGAUACGACGUUCUGACUGGGAACCAGGAGAAGGCUCUGGCCACACUGAAGCGCAUCGCCACAGAGAACGGAGCACCCAUGCCACUAGGAAAACUAAUCACUGCCAGACAGGAAGAUCGUGGGAAGAUUAAAGAUCUAUUUUCAUCACACUUCCGCUGGACCACAAUCCUGUUGUGGUUCAUUUGGUUUGCAAAUGCUUUCUCCUACUAUGGACUGGUCCUGCUCACCACAGAGCUGUUUCAGGAGGGAGGAGCGUGUGGAAUGUCCAGAGGUAAUAAGAAGGAGCUCCGAUGCAGCUUAGAGUGUAAAUAUUUGAACUCGGAUGACUACAAAGACCUGUUGUGGACUACGUUGUCUGAAUUCCCAGGGCUGCUGGUGACACUCUACGCCAUCGAUCGACUGGGAAGGAGGAGGACCAUGGCUCUGUGCUUCUUCGUCUUCUCUAUGUGUAUCAUUCCUCUCUAUGGCUGUGUUGGGAGGACAUCAAUGACAGUAUUAAUAUUCAUCGCCAGAGCGUUUAUUGCAGGGGGCUUCCAGGCUGCCUAUGUGUACACCCCAGAGGUGUACCCAACAGCAACCAGGGCUUUAGGUCUGGGAACAAGCAGCGGAAUGGCCAGAGUCGGUGCCCUCAUCACACCAUUCGUCGCACAGGUGAUGUUGGAGUCAUCUGUAUACCUGGCCCUCUCAGUGUACUGCUGCUGCUGCCUCUUGGCUGCCAUCGCCUCCUGCGCACUGCCGAUCGAGACGACGGGCCGGGGCCUGCAGGAGUCAAGCCACCGCGAGUGGGGACAGGAGAUGAUGGGCCGGGCCUCCUUCCAGAGCUCAGGGGGAAACACUCACUCCAGCUCCGAGUCACAGGGCUGAGGGAACAUCGGCUGGGGCACGCGGAAGGGUGACGGCAGCGACAACAAAAAAAAAACAAAAAAAACAAAAAAGGCACGGAGAGGAGAGAGGCCAGCAGCUCUCCGAGUCCAUCUCUGGCCAUCAUAAUAUGAUUCUUCAGUUUAGACACCACGGUGGCUUCAGAAAGCCAGGUGGCACGAUACUUUGCAACAUGUCACUGUAAUUAUUGUAGUUAAACACCAUUGCUGUCACGACUUUGCAACAGUAUAACUGCACGCAGGGUGAUUGGAAACGCCACAUAACCAACAUGAUGGGUGCAAAAGCAAACAGUGGACACGACGGCAAUUUAAGAAGAAUACUACUACUUCAACCAAAGUAUUUCAAUCCUGUUUUGCUAUGAUAAAAAAAAAAGCAAGGGGAUUAACGUUAGUUAGCUUCAAACAACUAUCUUGUUUUCCAAGAGCCUUACAACUACCUAUUCAGUGUGUGGCUGAGAGACCGACUCCUAACACUAUGAGAAAGCUGCUUCUAUUAGCAUAAAGGGCAUCGAUAUGUAACAAACAGCGUUAUCCUGUGUACACAAAUUGCCUGCAGAAAACACUAAUUACAAACUCAGCUGUGUUGAAAGUGCAUCGUGAAGAUUAAUUCCAUGUCAUCAAAUCAGCAGAACAUCAGGGUGAGUAGCCUGGGGGGAUUUUACUUUAGAUUCACUGAUGGCAGGGUGAAAAUCUGGGCAUCCUGUACUGCAAACCACUCACUUUCUUGCAUACUGUAUAGUGACAAUCUUUUUUUCAUGAUUACGUCAGUAUUGUUUCACACUUUUGACACGAACGAGUUUUUAUUUCCUGCUAAAGACGACAGCAAGAUGCAGGUAUUCCUCUAGUAAUAACGAAAAUACCUCCUUAUGUGUCGACCGUUAUGUUGUCUUAUUAUUUAGAUCAGACGUGCUGGAGCCUCCAUCAGAGAAAACUAACAUGAGUCCACAGUGUUUCAUCGGUACAGCACCAAGUUCACAUAUCCUGGACUUCAGCUUAGGACACACUCGUGAAUUUUAGCAGGAUGUCACAUUCUGUAUUUCAUGUAAAUAAUGUACCGAUACCUGGUUUAGCUGUUGUCUUGGCGUUUGUUUGUAACAAAGGUGAUGUGGACAUGGACUUUACCCAGUUUCAUUCUACGAGUAACAAAAGAAAAUUAACCAGUACAGGUCGGACAAGUCAACUCUUACCAUAGUGCUGCAUUAAGUGUCUGUGUGCACAGAUUCUUGUCGAAGCACUGGAUGUAAAUGUGUAUGAUAUGAAUAGUAAAUAGUUUAAAAAACAAGAA